AUGGUGAGUUCUCGCAAGCAGUCAAUCGUUGAGGCUGCCGAGCAGCACUUCGACAAGAACACAAUAAUUCUUAUAGUGAACCUAAUAAUUCUUACUGUGCUCAUGGGAUUACUGUAUAUGGUUGCUACUUCUGCAAUGGCCGCCGGUGCAAAGGAUGAACAUUGA